AUGGGUUCAGAUGGAGGUCAGACUGCCACGCCCUGGUGUGAGGAGCGUUGUGAGGAAUUAUGGGAUAAGGUGGAGGGGGCCCGGCAUAAACUGACCCGAAUCCUGAACCCGGCCAAACUCACGCCGUACCUGAGACAGUGCAAGGUCAUCGACGAGCAGGAUGAGGACGAAGUGCUUAACUCCACACAGUAUCCACUGCGCAUCAGUAAAGCCGGCCGAUUGUUGGAUAUCUUGCGUGGGCGUGGGCAAAGAGGACUUCAGGCCUUUAUGGAAUCUCUGGAAUUUUACCACCCUGACCAGUAUAAACUCCUCACAGGCCAGGAGGCCACCCAGCGCUGCUCCAUCAUACUGGAUGAGGAGGGCCCCGAGGGUCUGACUCAGUUUCUGUUGCUGGAGUUGCGUAAGUUGCGGGAGCAGUUGCGUGGGAGUCGUAUGUGUGAGCGCAGGCUGUCACAGCGCUGUCGUGUGGCCGAGGAGGAACGCAGCCGUGCCGAACGCAAAACCGAGGAACUCCGACACGACCGCAUCCAGCUGGAGAGGCUGAGGCAGGACUGGGAGGCCGGGAGUAGGGAGUUGAGUCGACUGAAGGACAAAUACCUGGAACAGGCUCUGAAAUACUCCAGGGCCCUGGAGGAGCAGGGCAGAGCCUCCGCACGAGAGAAAGAGCUACUGACACAGGUGGAGCAGUUGAAGAGCAGGCUGAUCGAGGCAGAGAGGAGAGCUGACCAAGAUUCCACCCCUGCCAUGUCCACUAAAAGAAUCAGUAUGCUGUCCAUCAGUGCAGACAGUGCCCCUGCUGGUCAGGAGAAGGCACUGCAACAGCCUGCAGACCAGAAGAAGGACGUUCACCCCAGGACAGAGGCACUAUUGGACAUCCUGAAACAGGACCGCAGGGAGGCAGCAGAGCAGAGACAUGAGCUGUGCAGUACCAUUGCUAGACUACAGGGGGAGCUGGAGAUCUCAGAGGAGCUCAGAGAGAAGCUGGAGUCUCAGUGUGAGCAGCUCCAGUUGAAGGUUCGGACACUGCAGCUUGACUGGGAGACAGAGCAGAAGAGGAGUAUGUCAUACUUAAACCAGAUUAUGGAACUGGAGAGAGAGAGAGACCAGGCUCUGCGCAGUCGGGACAGUUUGCAGCUGGAGUUUACUGACUGUCUGCUGGAUAAAAAUCGACUGCGUAAACACAUAGCAGAGCUGCAGGCCAGCCUGGAGCAGCUGCAAAGAGAGGCUGAGAGAGAAAAGGAGAAAAACCGUGAGCAGAGCGCCCCCUGCCUGCACUGUUCGACUCUCUCCCUGUUCAGUGAAGACCACUGUUUUGGGCCUUGUUGCUCUCUCGGUCUUAAUUCUCAUAACGUCAACUCCAGCUCCCACCAGCUACUACGCAAGACGCCCUCUAGAGGCCAAAACAGUGAACACUCCGAGGAUUCCCGAUCAAAUUCUGAAGAGAACCUCCUCAGCCCAUUAUGCGACAGUGAGAAAGAGAUCAACCGACUCUCUACGUUCCCCUUCCCUCCUUGUAUGAACUCCAUCAACCGUCGAAUGAACACAGAGUUUGACUGGGACUCAUGGGGCAGUGAUGAAAAUGAGAAUAACACAGGUCAGCAAAAGACUCCGUCUCUCUCGGACUCAUGGGUGUCUCUGCAGUCUCAUCACUUCCCCCCUGACCUGGUCACUCUCCCCGCUGUGUCCACCAACAAACCCUCAACUCUACCAUUCUAGUAUACUGUCGCUCCGCUGCCCUCCAGCCCUGUCCUGUCCAGGAAGGUCAGUCUGGCCGAUGACAUCACUAUCGCCGGGGGAAACCGCACUGGCAUAUUUGUGCAGAGUGUGAGAGCUGGGUCGAAGGCAGAGCAGUGUGGCCUUCGAGAGGGCAGCGAACUACUGGAGUUGGAGGGGGUGCUGUUCGGAGGGGGGAAUGUGAUACUGAGUCAGUGCACGGGUGAGGUGGCCCACUUCUCUCUACAGUGGUGGACAGAACCGUCUGCUCUCAAGCACAAGACCAAUACUGAGGCCUACUCUGCCCUGAGGACUCAGCUCUCCUCCCCCUUAUUCUCGGGCGCUGACUCUUUCUACGUGCGCGUAAACCUUGAUCUGGAGCCGCACGGUGACCCCCCCUGCCUGGGCGCCGCCUGCGACGACAUCCUUCACGUCACAGACACACGUUACAACGGGAAAUACCAGUGGCGCUGUGCCCGUGUGGAUCUACUCAAUGCCAAGCCUCUGCAGGUGGGGGCAGUGCCCAACUACAACAGAGCGCAGCAGUUGUUGCUGGUGAAGUUGCGCUCAUUGUCUGUACGACAAAAAGACUAUAAGAAAAAGUUUGGUAAGAAACGCAGGGAGCGUGUCCGGCUUGUGAAGGCAGUGUCUCCAAAUGGCCAACGGACUGGCUCAUCCACUCACGUCCUGUACACUCUUAGUCAUCGUCAUGAAGAUCACCUGAUUCCUUACAGUGUGGUCCAGCCCAUCCAGGUGAAAAGCAAGCGACCAGUGAUCUUCUCUCCUUCUCUCCUCUCUCACGGCCUCAUAGAAAGACUACUACAGCCUGCUAAAUCAGGCCUGCUGUUCAACACCUGCCAACCAGAACCCAUUCAGCCUACAGAGAAACAGGACAGGAGAGUUUUCCUUCUGAACACAUCAAACACAGGGCAAGGCCAAACACUGGGAAUCAAACUGCAGUCCAUACAAGAGAUCAUCAGUCAGGAUAAACACUGUCUGCUGGAGCUGGGAGUGUCCAGUGUAGAGGCUCUUCUGAAACAUGGAAUCUACCCCAUCAUCAUCCACAUCAAACCCAAAGACAAGAAGGGUAGAAAAUUUAAGAAGCUCCUGCCGGAGCGUGUGGAGGACGGGGUCAUGGAGGUGUGCCAGGCAGAGGAGCUGCAGUUGGAGACUCUUCCCCUGUUAUACCACACGCUGGAGCCAGGGACAUGGAGCUGCACCGAGGAACUCCUGGAGGCUGUCCGCAAUGCCAUUCAGUGUCAGCAGAGGACGCUAGUGUGGGUCGAGCCUGACAGGUUUCAGUAA